UUUUUCUUUUCUUCGACGUGACGUCAUGCCUUUGGAGCCUAUAAAAGACGGCGAGGCUCGAGAGCUCUCACAGUCCUCGCAUCUCUCCAGCCAUGAACACGUUGACGGUCCUUCUCUUGGCAGUGUGUGUUGUCGCCGCAAGCGGAUUCCGCCUCCAGUGCAACGACUGCGACGCCGCGCCCUGCCCCGCCCUCCCCGGCAGAGGCUGCCCCCACGGCGUCGUGAAGGACAUCUGCGGCUGCUGCGAUGUCUGCGGGAAGGGAUAUGGCGAAAAGUGUGACGAGUUCAUCAAGUGCGGUCCUCGGCUGACGUGCAAAGUGCUGGAUUUCAGUCAGGGUUUGGGCAGGUGUGUGUGAGCCUCUGCAACUCCUCAGCUCUGUAAUAUAUUGUCUUUAGAGUAAUUAUGAUAAUAAAAUAUAUAUAACUAUGGAAAUUGAACAUAA